AUGUACUUCCCUAAGUCCGCCAUCGUCUUCUCCUUCUUGGCUCUGACCAACAUCGCUGCUGCUGCGUCGACUCCCGCUUGUCUCCUCUCCGCUGUGGGUACCACUCUUUCGAACCCUGCGGACUUCAACGAAGCCUGUGUGAAGAACUCCGACAAGUUGCAGAAGCAGAUCGCGAACACUUGCAGCGAUGAUGACCUGCAGGAUGCCCUGAACUACUACUCCAAGACUUGCGCUCAGGCAGGCCACAAAGUCGAUGUCAACAUCUCGUCUUCUUCUUCUUCCUCUCCUACUGGCACUUCCAGUGCGGGUUCCAAGUCGACUGGCUUCACCACUGCUACUGCAGUUACCUCUUCCAAGUCUACUAGCUCCGGCUCCCAAACUGGCUCUAGCUCUGCUUCCGCCGCUUCGUCUACCCAGACUCCCAACUCUGGUUCUUCUGACCGUCACGUGUCGGCAGCUGCCUUUGCGGCGGUCGUUUUCGUUGGAUUUGCUGCGACGCUGUGA